UAUAAGCUUUAAUUGAAGCAAUACACAAACUAGUCGAACGAAAUGCAUCAACAAGUAGAAGUGCUUAUUGGCUCUCUACUUAUUAUUGCUGUGGGUUCAAUUCCCACAUAUUCGAAUUCAAAUAAUAUACAACCCGAUACUCCGAUCGAUGAUUUCGGAGAGAUAGAUUUUUUGGAAAUAUCAACAUUUCCUUAUGAAACCACGGAAAUAGUUGUUGAUGAAGUUGAUGCAAAUCUUCGUUAUACUUUUGGAAAACGUGUGAAAAACGAUCGCCUUGUUUCACAAAAUACUGACAAAAGUUAUUGGCCAUCACCUCAAAAUGUCACAUUGAUACUGCAAUAUCCGGGCAGUGGACAGGGUGCAAUUGUAACGUUCGUUGAAGUUAUUGUCAAUCAGAGUUCUAAUAUUGGAGCAGGACGUAUAAUUGCAGGCGGAAUUGGGAUGCGAUCUAUUGCGAGUAUAAUUGAGGGCAAUAGAACAUAUUGGUUUAACUAUUCAGCUAAUAUUUAUGGAAUUUAUUAAAUAAACACUCUUUAAAUUAAA